CGUCGUGCCAACUAUUUAACCGUAGAUAAAUUAAGUGCGAAGUUAAAGCGAAUUGCGUUUCUUUCUAAAUAUAUAGUAGAAAUACUUUGAAGAUACUCACCAUCUUCUUGUUGGCUGGCUGUUCAUAGGUAGCUUUCACAAAAAGAUACAGCCAUGCCGCCUGGGCCUGUUCAAAUAGUUCAGCCGGAGCCCAACGACAAGAAUGAUGCACCAGCAGAAGAAACGCCAGCCACCAAACCAAUUGUUGGCAUCAUAUAUCCACCUCCAGAGGUCCGAAAUAUUGUUGACAAAACAGCCAGUUUUGUUGCCAGGAAUGGGCCUGAGUUUGAAGCCAGAAUCCGUCAGAAUGAGAUCAACAAUCCAAAGUUUAAUUUCCUCAACCCCAAUGAUCCUUAUCAUGCUUACUAUCGUCACAAAGUCAACGAAUUUAAAGAGGGUAAAGCACAAGAACCAUCUGCAGCCGUUCCUAAGGUUAUGCAGCUGCCGCCUAUGCAGCCGCCACAGCAAAAAGUGCAGUCACAGGUGAUUCAGGAGACUGUGGUUCCCAAAGAGCCUCCCCCUGAGUUUGAGUUCAUUGCAGACCCUCCAUCAAUUUCAGCAUUUGACCUGGAUGUCGUAAAACUCACUGCCCAGUUUGUUGCUCGCAAUGGCCGUCAAUUUCUCACUCAGCUUAUGCAGAAAGAACAGAGGAACUACCAGUUUGACUUUUUGCGGCCACAACACAGCCUCUUCAACUACUUUACUAAACUGGUUGAACAGUACACAAAGAUACUGAUCCCACCCAAAGGCUUAUUGACCAAGCUCAAGAAAGAGGCUGAGAACCCAAAAGAGGUUAUGGACCAGGUGCGGUAUCGUGUGGAGUGGGCAAAGUACCAGGAGCGUCAGAGAAAGAAGGAGGAAGAGGAAAGAGAAAAAGAACGAGUGGCAUAUGCGCAAAUCGACUGGCAUGACUUUGUAGUGGUGGAGACUGUUGAUUUCCAGCCCAAUGAGCAAGGCCACUUCCCCCCACCAACAACUCCAGAGGAGCUUGGUGCUCGCAUCCUUAUCCAGGAGCGUUAUGAGAAGUAUGGAGAAAGUGAGGAAGUGGAGAUGGAGGUUGAGAGUGAGGAUGAAGAGGAUGAACGGGAGAAACGGGCUGAUGGUCACCUUUCACAACCUGAUCAAGACACCCAAGUCCAGGACAUGGAUGAGGGAUCUGAUGAUGAGGAUGAAGGUGUGAAGGCUCCCCUGCCACCAGACAACCCCAUGCCACCCCCACUGCCUCCUACUCCAGACCAGGUUAUUAUUCGCAAGGACUAUGAUCCAAAAGCUUCUAAGCCUCCACCCUCAGUGUCAACUCCAGAUGAGUAUCUCAUCUCACCAAUUACUGGUGAGAAGAUCCCAGCCAGUAAGAUGCAAGAGCACAUGCGAAUUGGUCUGCUGGAUCCACGCUGGCUGGAGCAAAGAGACCGCAGCAUCAGAGACAGGCAGACAGAAGAUGAAGUCUAUGCACCUGGUUUGGAUAUCGAAAGCAGCUUGAAACAACUUGCUGAGAGGCGUACUGAUAUCUUUGGUGUUGAGGAGACAGCCAUAGGUAAAAAGAUCGGUGAAGAAGAAAUCCAGAAGCCAGAGGAAAAGGUAACCUGGGAUGGCCACUCAGGAAGCAUGGCUCGUACACAGCAGGCAGCACAAGCCAAUAUCACUCUUCAAGAGCAAAUUGAAGCCAUUCACAAGGCCAAAGGACUAGUGGGAGAAGAUGACACUAAGGAGAAAAUUGGCCCAAGCAAACCAAGUGAAAUUCAUCAGCCACCCCCCAUGCCCUCAUCUGCAGUCAGUUUGCCUAAACCCAGUCCUCCCCCAACACCAAUCCCUCGCCCACCUUUAUCUAUGGCACCUCCAGUGCGCACCACUCUCUUGUCUGCUGUACCUGUAAUUCCAAGACCCCCUGUUUCUCCAGUGGUGCGCCUUGCACCAGGGCAAGUUAUAACAUCGAUGCCUCCAAUGAUUCCUGCUCCUCGCAUCAAUGUGGUUCCCAUGCCACCAUCAGCACCACACGUCAUGGCUCCCAGACCACCCCCCAUGGUUGUUCCAACUGCGUUUGUGCCUGCUCCUCCAGUACCACAACCACCAAGCGCUCCUGCACCUCCUGCCCACCCACCUCCUCCUCAUGACGAUGAGCCCAUCAGCAAGAAGAUGAAGACGGAGGACAACCUCAUUCCAGAAGAGGAGUUCCUUCGCAGAAACAAGGGUCCUGUGGCAGUUAAAGUACAAGUCCCCAACAUGCAGGACAAAACCGAAUGGAAGCUGAAUGGCCAAGUGCUGAAUUUCACUGUUCCGCUUACAGACCAGGUGUCUGUUAUUAAAGUCAAAAUCCAUGAAGCCACAGGCAUGCCAGCAGGAAAACAGAAGUUGCAGUAUGAGGGCAUUUUCAUUAAGGAUUCCAACUCCUUGGCUUAUUACAACAUGAACAACGGUUCUAUCAUCCAUUUGGCUCUGAAGGAGAGAGGUGGAAGAAAGAAGUGAGCUUUUCUGCAAGAAGGAAAAAUUGAUGUCUCAGUCCUGUCAUGUCAUUUUAAUGUCAUGGUAACGUUUGCAUUGUUUACACACCUCAGUGUGAUAGGCAUGCUGUUAUUGAAUGGUAAAAGAUAUAUUCUCUGCCCUACUACAAUAUUGAUUAAACUCUUAAUAUGUCCAUGUCAUUGUUGAAGUUAAAUAAACAUGUAACUUGCAAGAACGUGUAGAGCCCUGUAUUGUUAAUUUGUUUUAAUAAAGGAGCUGAAAA